AGGUUUCCUUCCUACAAAUUAAUUUACAAGUCCGCCUGCCUUUAUGACAACUUCAACAUUCUCCAUCUUCUCCUUCAACCCAUGUAUAUUAAAGAGAUAUGAGACAAGUGUUUUAGGUGAAGGCUUUUUGUUGAUCAAUUAGCAUGGGAGAUUGCAGGCCAUUGGGUUUCUUGCUGGGUUUGCCUUUUGCUUUGAUUGCAUUGGUCUUAUCUGUUGUUGGUGCUGUCAUCUGGGUUCUUGGGUCGGUUUUGAGUUGCUUGUGUCCAUGCUGCUGUUGUGUUGGUGGGCUAGCGAAUUUGGCGGUCACUCUUAUCAAGCUUCCUGUAAAAAUAAUUAGAUGGUUCAUCGAUCAGAUCCCUUGUUGAAGAUGUCAGAGUAGGGUUUCUAGGGAAUUUGUAAGAUUAUUUGUUCUGAUUUUUGAGAAAAUUCAUGAUUUGUAAUUAGGUAGUAUAUUCGAUUACACCACCAUAUAUUGUUUGAUUAUAUGUUGCAUUUGUUAUUUUUCUU